GGGGGCGGGUUGACCGAUGGGCGUGCGGAGGACCCUGGUCGGCCUCACCUUUUGUACCUGCUACCUGGCUUUUUACCUCUUGAACAAGUAUGUCCUUUCCGUCCUGAAAUUUACCUACCCUACCUUAUUCCAAGGGUGGCAGACAUUUGUUGGUGCAUUUUUGCUUCAUGUGUCAUGGAAACUGGGCUGGGUAGAGAUAAACUGCAGUUCAAGAUCUGAUGUUUCCACGUGGCUUCCAGCUUCAGUGGUGUUUGUGGGUGUAAUCUAUGCUGGGUCCAGAGCCUUGUCCAGAUUGGCUGUUCCUGUGUUUCUCAUUUUGCAUAAUGUAGCUGAAGUUAUCGUCUGUGGGUACCAGAAGUGUUUUCGGAAAGAGAAAACAUCUCCUGCAAAGACCUGUAGUGCCCUCUUCCUCCUGGCUGCUGCGGGGUGCCUUCCCUUCAAUGACUCCCAGUUUGAUCCAGAUGGAUAUUUCUGGGCUGUCAUUCAUACAUGCUGUGUAGGGUCUUAUAAAAUACUACGGAAAUCCCUGAAGCCCAACACAUUAAGUGACAUUGACCAGCAGUACUUAAACUAUAUAUUCAGUGUGGCGCUCCUGACAAUUGCAUCUCAUCCCACAGGUGACCUCUUCAGCGUUCUGGACUUCCCGUUCCUGUACUUCUACAGAUUCCAUGGCAGCUGUUGUGCCAGUGGAAUCUUAGGAUUCUUUCUCAUGUUCACCACAGUGAAACUGAAAAGCCUUCUGGCCCCAGGACAAUGUGCAGCCUGGAUUUUCUUUGCUAAGGUUGUCACAGCUGCGUUGUCUGUAUUAUUGUUUGAUGUUGUCCUGACCAGUGCAACUGUGGGAUGCCUCCUGCUCGGUGGACUUGGAGAAGCUUUGCUGGUUUUCUCAGAGCGAAAGGGCUCCUGAUGAAGAUGCAAGACAGUGAGUUCUCAGCCAGAGUCCACCAUGCUCUGGCAUGGUGUUAGAAUGCCAGAACAACGCAAGCACUGUGAAACCACAGAAGGAUCUAUAGGUGGAGCCCUCCUCCGUGACCAGUGCCUUCACCAAGCUGAACUCCGUGGUAGCUAAUGAUGCAUGGGCUCACUGGCUCUCCCUGCUUCAAGGAGAAUUUUCUGGAAGCCUACUGCAGAAGAAUGGUCUAUGUGACAUCUUCCUAAGUCUCCAGUUGAGAUAGCUCUCAACUCUGCUGCACCCAGUUCUACAGACACAGCAAGAACAGGAUUGCACCUUGAAGGCUCUGCUCUUGGAGUUCACUGUGUUGUGCUGUGCUGAGUCUUUUCUGGGAUCAUCCUUGCCUUGCUCUUCUCUGGCUUGCCUACAGCCCAUUAUCUUGCCGUCUAACCUGCAUGUGGAAUUGCAGCGCUGUGCUGCUGAGGGUCUCUAUCUGCAGCUGAGCAGGAGUUGGGGCUGACCGGGAGUUCUGGAUCAAGCAAGAAGUCAGCAAGAACACUUCAAACUCCAAAGCAAGUGGUGGCUUUCUGUGGUUUAUAUUGCUAUUUAUUUCCUGCGUUUAACCUUCUCUUGACUCCUAUAAACUUGUCGGGAUAUAUUGAAUUUCUGCAAACUCUUAAGCUAGUAACUAAAUGAUUACAAGAAGGCUGUACAGUACUGAUGGAUGGCUGGUAAACAAUACACAAACAUUUAACAUUCCUUAAUUUUAAAAAAAACCACUUAUUUCUCUUAGGUCUCAGAAAUGGUUUUAAGUCAUUGGAUACUGAGGUAUAUUUUUAAGGCCAGAUUAAAAAUUAGAUUUAGCCUGGCACUGGU